AUGGAGGGAGCCUUCACCCAUGUCGGCAAUCACCUCAUUUCCGACUCGGCGGCAGCAAUCAACGCUGGAAACGACGAUCUUUCCACCCUCGACCCCGAAGAGCGCCUUCUCUACGGCAAGCUGGGCGACCAUGGUGGCCGUCGACGCGCCGAUGAUGAUGACAACCAGACUGAAGUCUUUGAGGACGACAACGACAGCCUGGGUAGUGUUCCAGUCGACGAAAUGGUAGGACUGAACCUCAAAAACACCGAGGAGGAGAAAGAGCUCCCCGCGUACGCAUGCGCAUACUGCGGUAUUCACGCUCCUGCGUCCGUCGUCAAGUGUCUUAUCUGCAACAAAUGGUUUUGCAGCGCCCGCGGCAACAGCACGUCUUCGCACAUCAUCAACCAUCUCGUUCGAGCUCGCCACAAGGAAGUCCAGCUUCACCCCGAAUCCGCCCUCGGCGAUACUAUUCUCGAAUGCUAUAGCUGCGGUACCAAAAACUCAUUCCUGCUCGGUUUUAUUCCCGCCAAGUCCGACUCUGUCGUUGUUUUGCUGUGUCGCCAGCCCUGCGCGGCGUCGGCCUCGAACAAGGAUAUGAACUGGGACCCCUCCCGCUGGGAGCCAUUGAUCAAGGAGCGCGCGUUUCUCGACUGGCUUGUCAGCGCCCCCUCCGAAGCUGAGCAGUUACGCGCCCGUCACAUGUCUCCCAACACCAUCGCCCGUCUCGAGGAGAUGUGGAAGUUGGAGCCCAACGCCACCAUUUCCGAUCUAGACAAGGACCAGACUAUCGACGACGAUCCCAAACCCGUGAUCCUAAAGUAUGAGGAUGCGUUUCACUACCAAAACAUCUUCGGGCCGCUUGUGAAGAUGGAAUCCGACUACGACAAAAAGCUCAAAGAGGCGCAGUCCGAGGAUAAUUUGACCGUCGAAUGGUCCCUAGGUCUCAACAACAAGCACCUGGCCACUUUCAAUCUGCGCAAGAUUGAAUCCGGAGAAGUCAAGCUUGCCGUUGGUGACGAAAUGCUACUUCGUUAUAACGGCGAACUCAGAGAGCCUUGGCAGGGUGUCGGUUAUGUCAUGAAGAUUCCCAACAGUCAGUCCGACGAGGUUUGUCUUGAGCUGCGUAAGACUGGCAAUGACAGAUCGAACCCAACCGACCUUUCCCACAACUUCUCCGCCGACUAUGUCUGGAAGGCCACCUCGUAUGACCGCAUGCAGCUCGCCAUGAAGACCUUUGCCGUCGACGACAUGAGCGUCUCUGGUUUCAUUUUCCACACGCUGCUUGGCCACGAUGUUCAUCUGCAGCCAAUGAAGUCUAACCUUCCUAAGAAGUGGUCUGCACCAGGUCUGCCAGAUUUGAACCAAAGUCAAGUUGACGCGAUUCGAUCAGUUCUCCAGAAGCCGCUCAGUCUUAUCCAAGGCCCUCCCGGUACUGGUAAGACGGUGACAUCUGCCACCAUCAUCUACCACCUGUCCAAGAUGAGCGGAAACCAAGUCCUCGUUUGCGCUCCCUCCAACGUUGCCGUUGAUCAGCUCUGCGAGCGCAUCCACCGCACCGGCCUCAAGGUCGUCCGACUAACUGCCAAAUCCCGUGAAGAUGUCGAAUCUUCCGUUAGUUUCCUUGCUCUUCACGAGCAGGUACGCAUGUCGGAGCAUAAUAGUGAAUUCGCCAAGUUGUCGCAACUCAAAAUCGAGGCUGGCGAACUGAUCAGCCAAGAUGAAAAGAAGUUUAGACAGUUGACCAAGGCAGCUGAACGAGAGAUUCUCACGAACGCUGACGUUGUUUGCUGUACCUGCGUUGGUGCCGGCGACCCUCGUCUGUCCAAAAUCAAGUUUCGCAGCGUACUCAUUGACGAAUCAACUCAGUCUGCAGAGCCUGAAUGUAUCAUUCCCCUUAUGCUGGGGUGCAAACAAGUUGUUCUUGUCGGCGAUCACAAGCAGCUCGGCCCGGUCAUCAUGAACAAGAAGGCGGCCAAGGCCGGUCUGAGCCAGUCGUUAUUUGAGCGCCUCAUGCAGCUUCGCCUCCAACCCAUUCUCCUCAACACCCAGUAUCGCAUGCAUCCGUGUCUGUCGGAGUUCCCCUCCAACAUGUUUUACGACGGCAGCCUGCAAAAUGGUGUCACGCAAGAACAACGCAUCCGCAAGGAUGUCGACUUUCCCUGGCCUGUCGCUGAGAUGCCCAUGAUGUUCUGGUCCAAUAUCGGCAACGAAGAAAUCUCUACCAGUGGCACUUCCUACCUGAACCGAACAGAAGCCUCCAACGUCGAGAAGAUUGUCACACGGUUCUUCAAGGCGGGUGUCAAGCCUGCCGAGAUUGGUGUCAUUACACCAUACGAAGGCCAGCGAAGCUACAUUGUCACGACGAUGCAAAACUCGGGCACGUCGAAGAAGGAUUUAUACAAGGGUGUCGAGGUUGCGUCCGUAGACGCCUUCCAGGGUCGUGAGAAGGACUUCAUUGUGCUGUCUUGCGUGCGUUCCAACGAGAACCAAGGCAUUGGUUUCCUGUCUGAUCCUCGCCGUCUCAAUGUCGCCCUUACACGUGCCAAGUACGGCCUUGUCAUUCUUGGCAACCCCAGAGUCCUUUCCAAGCACGAGCUUUGGUACAAUCUUCUGACUCACUUCCGUGACCGUCGCUGCUUCGUCGAAGGCCCCUUGAACAACUUCCAGCAGUGCCUUCUGCAAUUCAGCAAGCCCCGAUCGCACCGCCAGAAACCCACCAACCAUCUUCCCGUUGGCGGGUACCAGACCCCGCAGAACGGACGCUUCAACGGCUCUGGCACGAUGCGUGACUUUGACUCUGGCUCCAUGAUGUCCUACGUCCCCGACGACGUAUCAUCCAUCCACGGCUCGACCUUUGGCGGCGCCGCGCUCAACUCGUCGUUCCCUGCUAUGUUUUCCAACUUCGCCCCCGAGCACUGGCCUGGUCUGCCCGGCGUCGCUGGCCCGGGCCGCGGUGGCAAGAGCCGCGCCCGCGCGGCGGCCGAGAGCGUCACCGGUGACAGCGUCGCCAACUCGGAGACGACGGAGUCCUCGUCGAGCAUUAUUGGCAGUCGCGGCGUAGGCCAGGGUGGCGUCAGUCUGGGUGCCGGUCUGCAGGACGCCGUCACGGGCAUGCGCGCCAUCUCCUACACCCAGAGCGACCGUCUGCGACAGUACGUGGAGAGCGGCGCCCGCAUUCCUCCGAACAAUCGCUACGGCGGCCGUCGGUACGAUGACGACGACAAGAGCGUUAGCACGGCUUUCCAUAGCCAAGUCGGAGGUGGCUACGACUGA